AUGGUCAAUGAAAAAAUGAGACACGGAAAGUUUCCGAGAGAGGUGAACACUAUGUGCUUUCACGCUGAUGGCAUUUUGCUGACUACGAACCUUUUGCAAUUCUACCUGGAUCUCGGUUUAGAAGUUACGCAAAUUCAUUAUGGCGUUUUGUAUAACAAGGAAAAGCCGUUUGGAAAAUUUAUUAAAGAUGUUGUCAGCCGGCGAGUCCACUACUCGAAGCCAGAUACAAAAAAUGAUGUCGCAGCAAACCGAGCUAAGCUGAUCAUGUCAUCUGCAAUUGGAAAAUUCGGGGAAAACCCAGAAAAGCGAGACAAAGUCCAAUUUUUACCAUUGGAGAAACUCUGGUUUCAAAUGCGAAAACCUCAUUUUAUUGGAUACGAGGUCAUGGACGCAGAAGGCGACACAAAUAUCGUGAAUAUCAAACAAAAACGAAAGCGAAUCAAGGAUGAUCUUGCAACCCAUAUGAACGGAUAA